UGAAGAAGAAGAAGAAGAAGAAGAAGACGGAACGUGUUUUCUUUUACUGUCUAUGGUUUUUGUAAAGGAUGGCAGGACCAGCCUCAGUCGCUGGUGAUGUUUUUGUCGAUGCUCUGCCUUAUUUCGACCAGGGUUACGAUGCUCCAGGGGUCCGAGAAGCCGCAGCAGCUUUGGUGGAGGAAGAGACGAGACGAUACAGACCAACCAAGAACUAUCUGAGCUAUCUUCCCACGCCAGAUUUCUCUGCUUUUGAGACUGAUAUCAUGAGGAAUGAGUUUGAGAGACUGUCGGCUCGUCAACCCAUGGAGCUGCUCAGUAUGAAGAGAUAUGAGCUUCCUGCUCCAACGUCUGGGCAGAAGAAUGACAUCACAGCAUGGCAGGACUGUGUCAAUAACUCUAUGGCCCAGCUGGAGCACCAGGCAGUGCGCAUUGAAAACCUCGAGCUCAUGGCUCAGUAUGGAUCUAAUGCAUGGAAGGUGUCUAAUGAUAACUUGGCCUUAAUGAUUGAAAAUGCACAAAAGGAACUACAGAAGGCUAGAAAGCAGAUACAGGACCUGAACUGGCAGCGCAAAAAUGAUCAGCUGGCUGGAGGAGCCAAAUUACGAGAACUUGAGUCAAACUGGGUGUCUCUGGUUAGUAAGAACUAUGAGAUUGAGAGAGCCAUUGUACAGCUGGAGAACGAAGUGGCACAGAUGAAACGGCAACAGGGUGAUGAGAACAAAGAGAAUAUUCGACAGGAUUUUUAAAUAAUGAAAACCGUUCAACACCAUCUUGAAACUGUCAGACUUUGCUGAAGCAGAGGAUCACCAAAGAGUGAUGUUGUAUUUCUUGUUUUGUUUCUGUUUUCGUGAUGAAUCGAGAAAACAGUCUUUGUAAAACACAAAUGAGCAAUAGUGUUUUAGUGCAAACAGAGGAUGAGCUGAUGUAUAGUUCAUGAUUUUGCACCAAAAUUAAACCAGAUGUCCAUUUUGAUUCUGGAAAUCAGUAACUCACAUUUGUUUACUGUAUAAAUAAAGUACUUAAUGUGGGUGUGUUGGCAGUUAUAACAAUUUAAUGUUUAUGUAAGAUUACCUGGUGGACAUUUAGUUCCUUAAUUUUUAUGUUCUACUCAAUUUGUAAUAUUUUUUUUACAUAUACAAUAAAAUGGUGAAAUGAC